AUGGACUCCGUCGACUCCCGAAGGCUCCCCGACCCACCGGCGCUGUUGAUGUCGGCCCCGUUGGAGCCCAUGGCCUCCGAUAUCCCAGUGGCGGCGCCCUCCCGGCACCUUGCCGCCGUCGACGACGCCGUCGUGCCCAUGGCUCUCUGGCGACGAUGGGUGACCCUGUUUACCAUCUGCUGGCUGCCCAUACCAAUGACGUUCUCGACCUCGUCUGUCCUUGCAGUCGCGCCCGAACUAGCGCGCGAAUUCAACGUCCCUGUCACAGCCAUCAGCAUUGCCAACGCCGGUGUCUUCCUCGCCAUGGCCAGCUCGCCGUUGCUGUGGGUGCCCAUAGGCCGGCUAGUGGGUCGGCGGCCGGCGUACCUCGCCGCGGCCGUCAUUCUGUGCGCUUGCUCAGUAGGAUCGGCUCUGGCGCCGAACUUGGCAGGCUUCACAGCCAUUUGGGUCAUUGGUGGAUCUACAGGUGUGGUAUUUCUGGUCUCUGGACAGACCAUUCUGUCAGAUAUUUUUGAACCUACCGUCCGCGGCACGGCUGUAGGUUUCUUCCUUGGCACUUGCGUUAGUGCUAACACCAUCGCACCACUCACUGGUGGUAUCAUCGCCACUUACACAAGUUGGCGCGUCAUCUACGGGGUGCAGGCCGGCAUGACGCUCAUUGGUCUUGUUUUGGCUUGGUUCUAUGUGCCACUUGAUCCGCCUCGUGAGGCACAGCCUACCACGUCAAAACACGUCCUUGCCCAGUUCUCGCCGAUGCCAGUCUUUCGCGUCUUUGAGCACAUCAACAUUCUCGCUGCCAACAUCACCUGCGGCCUCCUCUCGUUCAACCAGUAUGGUCUCCUUGGCUCUAUACGCGCUGCCUUGACGACUCGCUUCGGCCCCUCUUCGCCGCUCACCUCGGGUCUGUUCUACCUGGCCCCCGGCGCCGGCUUCCUGAUUGGAAGCACCAUUGGGGGCAGACUAUCGGAUCAGACAGUGCGCCGGUACAUCAAGAAGCGCAAUGGCUUGCGCCUACCGCGAGAUCGACUCAAAAGCAGCUUUCCCGCCAUUUUUAUCGUGCUGCCUCUGGGCACGCUGCUAUUCGGCUGGAGUCUGGGCAGGGAAGUCGGCGGCUGGGCCGCCCCAGGGAUAGGAGCGUUCCUCGCGGGACUUGGGUUGAUGGCCUCCUUCAGUGGCCUAAAUACGUACUCUGCUGGUGCUGUUGCUGCUCUUGCGGGCGGUGUAAUUGUGUUGAUGAUCACGAGAUACGAGCCUGAGACGGAGAAGACACUGCGUGAAGAGGCCGAAUAA